CUCGUGACACAUAACUAGUAGAUAUAUCGCCACAAGCCAGGCCGUAGAUCACUCUUACGUGGCCACAGAUUCCUUGCGGAUAAUUUGGCGAUGAAGGAGUACAAUUUUGUUGAGUCAGAUGAUGACUCAGGUUUCAAAGAUGAUUCAAGCGUCGCAUUCUCAGUGGAAAGCGGCCAGUCAGAGCGAGUUGCCACUUACAAAACUAAAUCUUGGAACUGCUUCGCCACAAAAAAACAGGAAGCUAAAGUAAAACAAGAACAGGAAGAAAAUGGCACCGGGUAUGACAACCCACGAAAACAAAACUUCUUUAAAAGAGCAACCAGGAAGAUCUUUGGCAAGACCAGGCGGAUGUUUAAUAAGAAACAUGAAGAUAACAAAAUGAAUACCACAGUGAAAACGGAAAAGAAACUGAAAGAAAAUUAUACGGAACAGGUGGCCAUUAUAAUACCGUCAGACAGCUGUGCGAGUGUGAAUGAGGAGCCAGCACCUUACCCUCAAAAUGUCAACUUCAUUCGAGCAGAGAAGAUGCGAUGCUCGAUUCGAGAAUCCCGCGGCUUGAACCCGCGGGAAGCUUUGCGGCUUCGCGAGAGACAAACUAUGCUUCGAGUUCUGUUUGAUUUUCAAGCAUGUGAUGACGAUGAUAUUUCCGUGAUGAGAGGAGAACUUGUUCAAGUACUCAACAAAGAUGAUAAGGAUUGGUGGUGGGUUGAAAAUGAACAUCGACAGAGAGGAUUUGUGCCGCGAAACUUUCUUUGGCCCUGUGGCUGUUACGUGUGUCAACAGUUUAUUUUGGACAGAGUGACGAAUGUGGGCCCAGUCCUCAGCGACCAGAACAUUGAACAACAACGGUUCCAGGCAACUGAUCAAUUCAUCAGGGAGGAAUCGUUUGGCGAAAGAACACGGCUCAUUGGAAACAAAAGAUACACGAGUACAUGGUGCUGAAGACCUGGUCAUGUAAACCUGGAAAAUCUCCGCAAGAGAUUUAAAACAACACCUGAUUGAAAGUGUUGGGCUGAAAAACGCUAAUGACACUGCUUUUUUCGCUUUGUUGCUGUUCUGCCGAAAACACACUCGAAUAAUUUUGAAUUUUAUUCAUGUAAUCUGUUUUAUGGAAAGUGGAUGAAUGAGUGAGAUAAAGUUAAAAGUGGGCAGCUGGCAUAAGAAGCCGUUAGUUUUUCAUCUGGUCAAAUGUUGUUUGUAAAAAAUUUCAGUGUUUUGAGAGUUUUCUUAAAUAAAUGCAAUUUUGAGACAUUAUUUCGAGAAAAGUGUGAUAGAAAUUAAUCCAAUUUUGUUUAAAUUUUAAUCUCCAUAAAAAGGGAAUUUCCCACUAUAUUUCUGAUAUUUGUCCUGUGGCCAGUCCUAGGAUAGGUUGAAAUACGAAAUUUGUCAAGUUUUGUAUUUUUGAGAAGCGUAUGUAACUGAAAGCGCCUUUCCACCAGUCUGAGUCAGGUUUUAGAAUAACGUGAAUGUACCGUUCGUCGAUAUUCUCAUAUCCUAUAAGCAGGCCCUCGUUUUUUCUUCGACUUGUCUCAAAUCUGCCCGCGCGCGGAGAAACUCGUGUAAUGCAGUGAGUAGUUACCUUAACCUACGCCGUUUGAAAGCGUAACUUUUGAGGGCUAUUGCAAUAGAUAUUUAAAAAUUGGAAAGUUUUUCCUCCUCCAAAUGUAUAAGAAAUGACGGCCUAACGAUUUAAGAUUCGGGAUGAAAUAAAUGGCUUAUAAAUAGCUUCUCAUUCGGAGCACCCAUGAUACCUAUGAAGGACCGAGAUUUUGUAUAUUUUUAAGUAUUAUUAUACUGUACGUAAAUUGCUAGAUUAGUUUGUAACUUUUAUUUGUCAAAGAACCUUAUUUUAUUGUCUUGUACUGAAUUAAAAUACAAUAGGGUGAUUUUACAAUUUAUUUUGUUUAUUAUUUCACAUUUUAUUAGUUAAUUGUAGGUCCGCAUCAGCCUCAUGGCUGCCACUUUUGUAACCUGCAUCACU